AUUUCUACUGUCAAGCAGAAUUCGACGGAGAUUUUUGGUUACAUCAUUUGUGUUUUUUGGGCAUCAUAGUUUUAUACUGAAAAACAUUAUUGAAUAGUGAAUUAAUAUAGCGAAUAUUAAGCCAAUAAGUGAUUAUUUAAUUUUCAAACUAGCUGAGGCCGUCUUUCUCGCGUCGACGGCGGUGAAUGAGCGAAAGACGCGCCUAAAAUGACUGAAAACAAUCAGAAAUUUAAUAAUUGAGUUUUCUCCACAAUUUUGGUUUUCCCACUGUUGCGCUUAAGCGACCGCACUUUCAUAUCACACCGAGUUGUAUAAGCGUUGAAAAAUUGAUCGACAUUGACAAAUCCAAGAUCAUAUUUUGUCACUAUUUUAACAGUCAUACCUGAAUAUAUUUAAAAUAAUUUUAUUUCUGUAGAGCUUUUGUUUUCCCUUUGAUUUAUUGCAACAUAUUCGUGUAAAGUAGAAGGAUAUCAAAUCUUGAUUGCAUUGUUUAUAUUAAGAAAAUUUUAUUUUUGUAAUAAUGGCGGCCUAUUUGAAUCGCACUAUUUCGAUGGUGACUGGAAAUGGCGCCAAUGCUAACGCGGGCGCAACGUCUUCUAAUUUUAACCCGAAUGCCUCGAUGGUGGAAAAUCGUACUAUGCAAAACGCUCUUGCUGAUAAAUCACCUUUACAGGUAUUUGUAAGGGCUAAGAAAAAGAUCAAUGACAUUUAUGGUGAAAUUGAGGAGUAUGUUAUUGAAACCACACAGUUUAUUAAUGCACUACAUGCAGAAGCCGAAAUUGUGGACAAAGCCGAACGAGAGCUAUUUGAAAGUUAUGUACAUAAAGUGGCGGCUAUACGCGAGGUUCUCACUAGGGAUCACAUGAAGGUGGCUUUCUUUGGGCGCACAUCCAAUGGCAAGAGUUCUGUAAUUAAUGCUAUGCUGCGUGAGAAAAUUCUCCCUAGUGGUAUUGGACACACAACCAACUGUUUUUGCCAAGUAGAAGGCAGUGAUGGUCAAGAAGCAUAUUUGAUGAAAGAAGGUUCAGAUGAAAAACUCAACGUGGUGAGCAUCAAGCAACUGGCAAACGCGCUAUGCCAGGAGAAGCUUAGUGAAAGUUCAUUAGUUCGCAUAUUUUGGCCAAGAGAGCGUUGCAGUUUAUUGCGUGAUGAUGUUGUCUUUGUUGACUCUCCUGGCGUUGAUGUGUCUGCUAACUUGGAUGACUGGAUUGAUAAUCAUUGCAUCAAUGCCGAUGUAUUUGUUCUCGUGUUGAACGCAGAAUCAACUAUGACUCGUGCAGAGAAACAAUUCUUUCAUACUGUCUCACAAAAACUUUCUAAACCAAAUAUUUUUAUACUAAACAAUCGGUGGGAUGCAUCUGCCAAUGAACCUGAAUUUCAAGACUCGGAUUUGGAAAAGGUAAAAUCACAGCACACAGAGCGUUGUAUUGACUUUUUGACAAGGGAGUUGAAAGUAAGCAAUGAAAAAGAAGCAGCUGAACGUGUGUUUUUUGUAUCGGCACGUGAAACACUUCAGGCUCGUCUCGAAGAAGCAAAAGGGAAUCCCCCACAUUUGGGUGCAAUAGCGGAGGGUUUCCAGGUGCGUUAUUUCGAGUUUCAGGACUUUGAGCGGAAAUUCGAGGAAUGCAUAUCUCAGAGUGCCGUUAAAACUAAGUUUGAGCAGCACAGCUCACGCGGCAAAAGCCUCUCCGCUGAUAUGUGUUCAAUGUUAGAUAACAUAUUUGAACGUACUACUAUAUUCCGGAAUCUUAAAAUUGACCAAAAAACGUUACUUACCGAGCGUAUUCAAGGAACAGAGACCCAAAUGAUGCAAGUGACCAGAGAUAUGAAACUUAAAAUUCACAAUAUGGUGGAGGAAGUGGAACAGAAAGUAUCCAAAGCACUAAAUGAAGAAAUCUGGCGCUUAGGUGUACUGAUAGAUGAGUUUAAUAUGCCUUUCCAUCCGGAGCCAUUGGUAUUGAAUAUCUAUAAGAAGGAGCUCAACUCGCAUGUGGAAUCAGGUUUAGGCUCCAAUUUGCGAGCCAGACUUUCAAUGGCCUUAGCUAUGAAUGUAGAGGCGGCACAAAGAGAAAUGACGGAUCGCAUGUACACUUUAGUACCCAACGAAAAGGUCGUGGUGCAAACAAAAAUUGCUACACGAUCGCAGCCAUUUGAAAUGCUAUAUUCGCUCAAUUGUCAGAAUUUGUGUGCUGACUUUCAGGAAGAUCUCGAGUUUAAGUUUUCAUGGGGUAUUACUGCUAUGAUUCAACGUUUCACUGGUAAAGUGAGAGAGCGCAAUAAAAAGGGACCGCCAGCUUUGUUAAACAGACCGAAUAGUGUUGGGAAUCUGUCGCCUUCAACACCAGGCACCGAUACACCUUUAUGUUUGAUACCACGGCCUGUUGGAGGCAUUACACAGGAGCAGCUGUCUGUAAUUUCACGUUUUGCGAUGGCCUCCGUUGGCUCACAGGGCACCGUAGGUGGACUUAUUGUGGCCGGUAUUAUGUUGAAGACAAUAGGUUGGAGAGUAUUACUAGGAGUCGGAGCUUUAUACGGUUGUAUAUACUUGUAUGAGCGCUUAUCUUGGACAAAUUCAGCGAAGGAACGCGCCUUUAAAUCACAAUAUGUGCGUCAUGCAACUAAAAAGUUAAAAAUGAUAGUCGAUCUAACGUCGGCAAAUUGCAGCCACCAAGUGCAACAGGAAUUAUCAAGUACCUUUGCUCGGUUGUGUCGUUUGGUUGAUAAUGCCACAACAGACAUGAACGAAGAACUAAAAAGCCUUGAAUCACAACUAGCAGUUCUUGAAUCGAAUCAAAAGCAGCUUAAACUGUUGCGCAACAAGGCUAACUAUAUUCAAAAUGAACUAGAUAUUUUCGAAAACAAUUACAUUAGGCAAAACUAAUUUUAAUUAAAAAAUGCAUGCGUUUAACGCAUUGAUGUAAGAUUGAUGGAGAAUAUGACUAUUAACAGAUUGGAAGUGCGCGUAUAGUAAAAUUAACAAUUGUAAAGCAAAAAUAAUUCAACAAACACUUACACUGAUGUAAAAUUUCAUAGUUACUAUCAAAAGACCCAAUCGAAAGCAUUGGACAAGUUUUGUAUUUACUAAAAUGUGUCAAGCACUCCUCUUGUAGAUAAUGCUUAAUAUUGUCAUUAACAGAGUUGUAUGGUUACCCUUAUACUUUCAUAAAUCCAUAUUUGAAUUUUUGUGCAACUCCUAUGUAUUUGAUUAUGUUGCUCAUAUUUAUGUAUUUUACUUUAAUAAUUAUUUUUCUACUGUGACCCAGGGUCCGCAGCAUUUGGCAAUUUGGUAAUUUUGUUAUGACCGAUACUUCUUUAAAAAUAUAUUGUUUUUGUUAUGGCAAAACUCAAAGCAAAA